AUGGGAUGGCCGAAGCCUCAGCCGAACUACGCUGCGACGCUGUGCGACGCUUUGCCAUGCCAGUGCUGCUCGUCACUUAGUCAGGAUCUGAGCGAGGCCGGUUCGCUCCACUCUGUGGACGAUGUCUGCCAGGAGCUGGCUGCUGAGGGCUUUGACUGCGAAGAGGUCGUGGUCAGGGAUGGGGUGGCCCUGCAGCAAGCCUUUUGCGGCUCCGAUGGGCUCUUGCUGGAGACGGGUGGGCGAUUCUUCACUUGCUACAAUGCAGAUGGAGGUUUCAGCAUGAGAGAGGCAAUGUCCUCGGCAGCUCUGCGGCCCGUAACAGAAGUGGAGCUGCUCCGCCAGCUGCAAAGCAGCAGAGCUUUCCGAGUGCAAAACACACGAUCGGUGCCCAGACCCUCCACCAUCUUGCACCCUUUACCACAUGCCCUGUCCUUCUCGCGCCUAUGCUGGUCUAGAGGAUUGAAUUCAGUCAGCUUUAUCUUCACGGCUGAAUCUUAUCAGCGAAGUACAUGGCUGACGGUCAUGGCCGAUGCAAGCGCAAGUGCCACUGCCAAGGCCAGGGCCGGGUACCAGGCCUCCAAGAACCUAGAAAACAUCGUUCGCAAGUUCGGGGAGCUCACAGCUGAGCGCGAGAAGCGUGCCAAGACCCAUGAGGAAGCAAUGGAAAUGCUGGUCCGAGCUCAGAAAGAGCUUGACGACAAAGAGAAGGAAUUGAAGGCAUGCACUCUGAAGUAUGAGAAGUUCAUGCAGGAUCUCAAGGAGAAGCAGGCGAGGCGGGACGAGCUCCGGGAGCAGAUGGAUGAAGCAAAGAGGCAAAUGCGCGCCUUCGUGACAAGCGUCAAAGACGCUUGCAAGAAGACGACUUACCUUGCCGAGGACGUUAAGGCCAAGUACCACGCCACGGAACGCGCUGCUGAACGUGGGUGGUCUUGCAGACAAACCGGCAAUAGUGUGCUGACACCACGGCCAGGAGUCUUGCAAACACCUCGGACGCCCCGGUAA